GGCAACACUGCUGUUGACAUAACCAGCUGAUUUCUCAAGUGUACAGGUUUUGUUUUGUUGUAGUCCUUUUUAGUUAGUUUUAGACAAUAUUUAACAAGAUAUUUCUUCCACAAUGGCAGACGGGAAGUCCUCUCUUCGUAUUGACUGGUUUGACGGCACUCUCAUUGAAGAAUCUCGUUCGAAUGCCAACACUUCUGCAUUCGCAGAUGAAGAUCAACCAGAACCUACUCCUUCUGAAAAACCACAGCAAACAGAGAAAAAACCAAUCGGGUUUAAAAGGCUUCAUGAGAUUUCUUUAAUGGAUCCGCCAGGAUUGACCUUAGAAGUUGCCCACAGACCAGGUUUUUGGAACUUGCUCGACGAAGCAGAGCUAAAGGGAGACUUCAUUGUUUUGAUUGUAAAAAUAUUAGCAAACGUGUACAAGUCGUUAGAGCCUGGAGAAAGAUCUAAAAUAGCAACACAGUUGAAAACCCGAUUUCAAAAUUCGAACUUUUUGGUAAUCUUAAAAAAAUAUGUGAAUGGAUUGCCUAGUGUGCGUGUCGUAGAAAAAAAACUAAAUUUUCAACUAUGGGACGACGUGGAAGCGUUCUUUUUUCAAAUUGUGAAUUUGUGUGAAGGAAUUAUUAAUUUUGGUGGCAACAGUGAAGAAUUUUUACAAUACAUCAAUGAUUUAUUGGAAAUAACCGAGACAAGUGCAAUAGGUGUGUGUAAAGAACAUAUGGAAGUUUUUAAUGAUGAGCUGUUUGAUAAAAUUCGUGAAAUAAGGUCAAGAAUUCCUAGAUUUUUGCAUAGAGAGCAAAGCAACAAUCCUGAUAUACUCAUGGAAUCCAAAGAUCCAAACAGCUUUAAGAACUUAAACAUAUUUCCUACUAGAGAUGACCUACUUGGCUCAAGUGAAGUCAAUAUCAAACCAAACAUAAUUAAUGGAGCGUAUCCAAAUGUUGAACAUUAUUUAGACAUACAAUUUAAAUUGUUGAGAGAAGAUUGCUUUGGUCCGCUGAGGGAAGGAAUAUGUAAAUAUAUGACAAAUCCAACUAAAAGAAGACAUGAAAACAUAAGAGUCCACCCAAAAGUCCGUAUACUUCGUACAUAUGUCACUAAUAACAAAGUAGGCCAUCUAGUAGACAUAGCGUGGAAAGAGCGCAUAAAUGGGGCAGUAGACAGUAAACGGCUGGCGUACAACAAGCAACUAAUGUUUGGCUCUCUGUUGCUCUUCACUAGUGAUAACUUUGAGACAAUAUUGUGUGCUACUGUUUUGGAUUCUAAUUUGAAUUUGUUGAGUGAGGGAUAUAUAGCAGUGUCGUUCCAAAACCCAGUGUCUCAAAAAAUAUUCAGUGAGUCCUAUAUAAUGGUUGAGAGUGAAGUGUUCUUUGAACCAUAUCACAGAGUGCUUAAAGUUCUUCAAAACUCCAGACUUGAUGACUUGCCAAUGAAGAAGUAUAUAGUUGAUGUCCAGACUGAUACCCAACCUCCAGCUUACCUCAAUUCCGAAACUAUCUACACCAUAACUGACCCCAAACAAAAAGAAGAAAUCCCAAUUCCAGUGCUAGACACAAAUCAAUGGCCCACAUACGCACUAGACUUAGACGAUUCCCAAAUGGAAGCGUAUAUAUUCGCGCUAACCCGCGAAUUCGCAGUAAUCCAAGGACCUCCAGGCACAGGCAAAACAUUUUUAGGAGUCAAAAUAGCGACUACAUUACUCAAAAACCUAUCACUUGAAGGUACUCCAAUGUUGAUAAUUUGUUACACUAAUCAUGCAUUAGAUCAGUUUUUAGAAGGUCUGUUAGAUGUAACAACGAAUAUUAUAAGAUUGGGAAGUCAAAGUAAAAGUAAUUUGCUGGAACCAUAUUCCCUACACAAUGCCAGAAUGAAAAUUAAGUCAAAAUAUUCGUACUUGUACGCAAACAAGAGAGCGGAACUAGAGAAGAUAUACAAGCAGAUGAUAGAAGUGCAGAGUGAGAUAGAGAAAUGCGAGAAAGAGAUCAUAUCUUACAAGAGUUUAAAACCAUAUCUGAAAGUUGGUGGUAGGAAUUUAGAGCUUAAAACUUGUAAAGAGGACUCUGUAUUAAGUUGGCUAUUUAGUCAUCUAGAAGGUAAAGAAGAGUUUAUAGAAGUAGCAGAAGAUUGGGAAAGUCUCGAUGAUGAUGUUACAGAAGAUAUAGAAACAUGUUUCUCAGAGCAGUGGGCUUUGAAAGAAAUUGAUUCUAUGCAGAACAGUAUAAAAUAUUUAAAAGAGGUAACAGAAGAGAAUAUAGAUCAGAAAAUGACUGAUAAAUUCGAAACGCAAAUAAACAAGAUUAGGAGCAGGUUGAUGUGUUUUAAGAGAUACAAAGCUCUAUAUCAAAAUGAGAAUAGAAAUGAAGGUAAAGUUGAAAAAAUUCAAGAUCUGUACAAUUUAACACCAGAACAAAGAUGGCGUGUUUAUUAUACUGCAGUGGAUGGUAUUAAAAACGAGCUGACGGACAAAAUGAACAUAUUAUUGGAACAACACAACACGACGAGUCGCGAGUUGGAAGAGGUGACCACGCUGACCGACAGUGAGGUGAUGAGAACCGCUCGCGUGGUGGGAGUGACCACCACCACCGCGGCAAGACGACACGACCUCAUGCGCUCCCUGCACCAAUCAAUAGUGAUAGUGGAGGAGGCUGCGGAAGUGUUGGAGGCGCAUGUCGUCGCCUCUUUAACUAACCAUUGUCAACAUCUUAUACUUAUUGGGGAUCACAAACAGCUCCGUCCAACAGCAGCUCACUACAAACUAGCCAAACACUACAACCUGGAGAUAUCGUUAUUCGAGCGCAUGAUCAGGAACGGCGUCCAUGCGCGUGCGCUGACUAUCCAACGCAGGAUGAGACCUAAAUACGUACAGUUAUUGGUACCCGUAGUAUAUGACCGGUUGGACAGUCAUACUAGUGUACACGGAUAUCCGGAUGUGAGGGGAAUUGUGCAGGAUUUGUAUUUUUAUGAACAUGAUGUUAUGGAGGAUUUUGAGGGUCUGGAAGACAGUUGGAGUCAUAAAAACACAUUCGAAGCGAAAUGGUGCGUCGCUCUAGCGAACUAUUUAAGGAAAAUGGAAUAUAAACCCGAGGAAGUCACUAUACUCUCAAUGUAUACAGGACAAGUGUCAUUGAUAAAAGAGCUUAGCAAGAAAUACCAUCUACUGCGCGAUAUAAAGAUAACAGCCGUAGACAACUACCAAGGCGAGGAGAGCAGGAUAGUGAUAUUGUCUUUGGUGCGGAGUAACAGAGACGGCAUGAUAGGUUUCCUAAGCGCAGUCAACAGGAUAUGCGUCGCUCUGUCCCGGGCUAAAGAAGGUUUUUAUAUAUUUGGUAACAUGAACCUGUUAAAGUCCACAAGCCCUAUCUGGAGGUCCAUAAAUGAUAAGUUGUUGGCACAAAACGCUAUCGGACACCACCUUACUCUGCGGUGUGAGAAACAUAAAGAAAAUACAAUUGAUAUACAAAAUGAAAAUGACUUCGAUCAUUGCCUCGCGGGAUCGUGUCUACAAAUCUGUGGAAGAAAGUAAAUUUGCUACAUAUUUAAAUGUAAAUUUCGUUUAGUAAUAAAUAUUUUUUACCCAGAAC